ACUCAUAUCCUGAAAAUCAGCUCACUAAGUAGUAGUGUGAUGGCCCCGGUCUCCUGAUUUCGGCUAAUCAAAGUUAUCUGCCACAUUCGAGCAAGAUGACAAGUCGGCAGCAGGAAGAAAACUUUGCAUUACUUUCUUUUUUCAUGAUAUUCAUCAGCUUUUGUUUCAUGCCACUUCCGACACGAUGUGAAGAGAAAAAUAUGGAGGUACCGAGGCCUAAGGUCUUCAUAAAAAAGUCUAAUCAUUAUGAAAUAAUUACACCACUUCUACUUCAAGGAAAAGAAUACCAGUCAGCAGAAUUGAGCUAUCCCCCAUUUCUGAAGUUAUUGAUUGAGGCUGAAGGCGAACAGCUGCUCCUGACUCUGGAGAAAAAUGAGGGACUUCUUUCCAGCCAUUAUACUGAAAGACACUACAUGGAGGAUGGAAGAGCUAUCACUGUGAAUCGGAAUUCUACGGUGCACUGCUACUACCAUGGGACCGUCCAAGGCCAUGCAUAUUCUGCCGUUAGCCUCAGUACCUGUUCUGGAUUCAGGGGAUUCAUCUCACUUGAAAAUAAUUCUUUUAUACUGGAACCAGUUAAAGGUGCUGCAAAUGGUUCACACUUGAUCUACAGGGCUGAACAGCUGAAGUUUUCUCAAGGGACUUGUGGACACAAUUUUAACAUUUCAGAUGCAUUUCCAGAAAGAAGCAAAACAGUCAUCAAUAUGUUUUCUAGCAGGUACAAGAGGGACAUUAAAAAGACAACAAAAUAUGUGGAACUGGUUAUUAUAGCCGACAACCGAGAGUUUCAGAGGCAUGGAAAAGAUGUUGAAACAGUUAAACAACGUUUGAUUGAGAUUGCCAAUUAUGUGGAUAAGUUUUAUAGACCUUUGGAUAUCCGAGUUGCACUUGUUGGACUUGAAGUUUGGAGUGACAUGGAUAAAUGUUCGAUUACACAGGAUCCUUUUACUACACUGCAUGAAUUCCUAGACUGGAGAAAGAAUAAACUACUGCCACAGAAACCUCAUGACAAUGCUCAGCUAGUCAGUGGAAUCUACUUCCAAGGGACCACCAUUGGCAUGGCUCCUAUAAUGAGCAUGUGCACUACAGAGCAAUCAGGCGGAAUUGUUAUGGAUCACUCAGAUAAUCCUCUAGGUGCAGCAGUAACACUUGCACAUGAAUUGGGACACAACUUUGGUAUGAACCAUGACACCCCUGAAAGAGGAUGCAGCUGCCGGGCAACUCCAAAUAAAGGAGGAUGCAUCAUGGCUCCCUCUACUGGGUUCCCUUUCCCUACAGUGUUCAGCAGCUGCAGUAAAAAAGACCUUGAAGUGAGUCUUCAGAAGGGAGUGGGCAUGUGCCUGUUCAACAUGCCGGAAAUCAAAGUACUUUAUGGAGGCCAAAAAUGUGGAAAUGGCUAUGUCGAAGCAGGAGAGGAGUGUGACUGCGGUGAGCUAGAUGAAUGUACAAACCCUUGCUGUAAUGCCACCACUUGCACUUUGAAGAUGGAUGCAGUUUGUGCACAUGGUCAAUGCUGUGAUGCUUGUAAGCUGAAACCAGCAGGUACUCCAUGCAGGGAAUCCAGUAAUGCAUGUGAUCUUCCUGAAUUUUGCACAGGAGCCAGCCCACACUGUCCUGCAAAUGUCUACUUACAUGAUGGCCAUUCAUGCCACAUGAUUGAUGGGUACUGUUAUAAUGGAAUCUGUCAGACCCAUGAGCAGCAAUGCAUAACACUCUGGGGACAGGGUGCUAAGCCGGCUCCUGGGAUCUGUUUUGAAAGAGUAAACUCUGCAGGUGACCCAUAUGGAAACUGUGGGAAGAACUCCAAGGGAUCAUUUAUGAAAUGCGAAACGCAGGAUGCCAAGUGCGGAAAAAUUCAAUGUCAAGGUGGAGCCAACCGUCCAGUAAUUGGCACAAAUGCUGUUUCCAUAGAAACCAACAUUCCCUUACAAGAAGGUGGACGAAUCUUAUGCCGUGGCACACAUGUCUAUUUGGGCGAUGACAUGCCUGAUCCUGGACUUGUGCUUACCGGCACUAAGUGUGGAGAGAGUAUGAUGUGUCUUAAUCGUCAGUGCCAAAAUGUCAGCGUAUUUGGAGUUCAUGAGUGUGCUUCAAAGUGUAACAGUCAUGGGGUGUGUAACAAUAACAAGAACUGCCACUGUGAAGCUGAAUGGUCUCCUCCGUACUGUAACACACCUGGAUUUGGUGGCAGCAUUGACAGUGGACCUAUGAGGCUUGCAAAUGACAGCAGAAUAACAAUUGGCAUACUAGUGACUAUUCUAAUGCUAAUCACUGCUGCAACUGGCUUCUUUUUGAAGAAGAAAUCGCUAAUUAAGUUUCUGUUUACAAACAGGAAAACAACAAUAGAAAAGUUAAGGUCUGUCGCACCAACAAGACCUGCAAGUCCAGAUCAAAUCAGAAGACAUCAAAAGUCCCAGAAUUUCAAUAUUUACAAGCUGUCUCAACAUGAUGCUUCUGAAAAGCUCCUUUAUCCCAAAGCAGAGGAGAGCACUGACAUAAGGAAACUGAAAUACCAGCCUACCCACAUCAGUAAUCCAAGUCCUUUGCCACGUCCUGUAACUGUGACAUCGCAACGAGUCCUACCUUCUCUCAGCCAGUCCCAGGAGCACAUGCUAAUUAAGAGCCUACAGUCGCAUCCCUCUUUCAGGCAAAUGCAGGCAUCAUCAAAGCCUACUCCUCCUCGGAAGCCUCUUCCUGCAGAUCCUCUGAGCAGAACCUCCCGUGUAAACAAGAACUCAGACACAGCAUCCAAAAUUUCACUUCCAGUGCCUCAAACAAUGCAGCCAGUGAGACCUGCACCCAGACUUCCUCCAAAACCCAGCAGUGUUGCUUACCUGAAGUGACGCACAAUGGCAGUUUCAAGAUAAAUUUGCACUAUGCUAAGACUUGAGUUAAUGAACGUAAGCAUUAAAGUUAGGCGUUGUGUCUCUCAGAUUCUAAGUCGGGACUCUGAGCCGACACUUGUGGUGCUCUGUCUAAUCCAGGUGCUUUGUGUCUUUGCUCAGGUACUUGUUAAAUGUAUUUAAUAUGUAAUAUUUAUUAUAAUUUCAAUGAGGUGCACUGUGGUAGACACUUUUGAUGGAAUCAUUUUUGUGAUUUUUUUUUUUUUUUGGAAACUUGAACCAUCGUGCUAUUUUUGCACCAUAGUGAAAUAGCAUUUUAUUACUAUCAUUGUAUGUUUUUUUUAACCAAAAAGACAGAAUUAACUUCAGAGAGCUUUGUUCCCAUCUGUGAAAAAUGUGAAAAAGUUUGAAGAGACUCAUAUACUGUAUGCAUUUAAUAUAUUAGGGCACACCGUGAUAAUCUGGCAUGCAAAACAGGCUGGUACUUGAUGCCAAUAUGUGCCAUACAAUCAAUUGUUUUUUCUUUAAUUUUAAAAGCUGAUUGCAACUAAACAGGAUGGCACAUACCAGUAGCUAGAAUCGAAAUAGCUGCUGCUUUUGUUAGUUAGGUGUAUUAUAUAGGUUGGACAGCUCCUCCACAGUGCAUGUCAAAUGCAGUUUGAUAGAAAUCACUGGAGAGCCCAUGCUCAAAACGCAAAUUGCUCCUCAGAAAGGAAACUGAUGAUCCCAUCUGACGUUAAUUAGUGAGAAAUGGGAAAAUAGAAAAGUACUAAUACCCGAAUCCUAGAGUGAUUUCAAUAAAUUGCCGUCGGCCAUACAAUUAGAAGGAAAGUAGCAGCUUGUUACCGCAAUAUGUAUUUGCAAAAACUUUAAUCUGAGUAAUUGGCAACUCAAAUUUGGUUCCUUAAGAGUGAGCGUGGGUGUGUGUGUGCCCUGUGAUAUACUGGUGGCUUAGUUCAGGUUUGGAUCCUGCUUUGCAUUAAGUAAUACCGAGAUAGGCCCUGUGACCCUGAACUGGAUAAAGGGGGAAUGGGGAUUAUAAAAUGAGUGGUAGAAUGAUAAAAUGAAUGAAUCCAUUAGAAUAUGCACGGCUCACUUGCAUUUACAUUACAUGUCAGCGAUUUUAGUGAAAAAUGGACUAUAAUUCCACUUUCCCUCACUUGCUGGAAGGAGGUCCAAUUAAGUCACAAUAAUGUAACCCAUCGUUUACAGCUUCACUACCCUUGAGACUCUUCAAAAUUAGUUUGAACUAGAAAAAUAUUAACUUUUACGACAAUAAGAUGAUGACGAGGGAAAUGGAUCAACACCAUCAAUUUAUAUUGUUUCAGAAAUGUGUUGUUUUAUAUAUAAUCAUACUACAUUAGAUUACCUCAUCAUCAUAACCAGUUGAACAGCUAGAGCAGCUAAUUGUUCCCCCAAACCUUUUUCCACCACACUCCAGAGUGAGACCCAUUCUUUUCAUAUUAUACAACACAACUUCCAACUCUGAUCUCAUCUCUUCACCCUGUUGUCCACAGCCUUUUGAUUCUCAGGCCCAAACCCCUUUAGUUUGUUUCUCCUUAGCAUUCUCCAUUCAUUGCCUCCACUCUUACUCUUCUCUCUUACCUCAACAUUUACUCCAUGAUACUCCACACAUCCCUUAAAAUAAACUCAUAUACCUACUGUUUUUCUACACAUAUUGCAUGUACAAAUAUCUGCCUUUAUUUUUGUGGAGGGUUCACGUCAGCCCAAUAAAUGAGCUGCUGAGAAUCAAUUACAGAAGUUGUGCUCUUUUCAUUGUCUGCAUGCAUGUUCACUAAAGAAGGCACAUGUGCUCUAUCUUUCAGUGUAUGUAAUACAGCAAUUAUGUGCAAUUACAAUGUGAACACAAAGCCUAUCUGCUGGAUUUCAUAAAAGUUCAGAUACAAAAGCAACACACUUCCUCUAGGGCUUGUCUUGGGCCAGGGUAAGUUCCAUGUCUUGUGGCCCUAAAUUUAAUGAAUAGGAUAAAAUAAAUGGAUUGAUACAUUGUGGGUAGUGUAACCUCACAGCCCCAAGCCCCAGGGUCCAAUUCAUGAGCUAGUGACCACCUGUGUGGAGCAUGAAUGUUCUCUUCAUUCUAUGUUGGAUUUCUCCAGGUACUGUCAGUUUCUUCCAUAUAUCAAAGACAUGCUUGGUAAGAGUAAUUAGUACUCUAAGGUGCCCCAGCUGAGUGUUGGGUGUGUGUGUGUGGGAGCGCCCUAUAGUGUUCCUUCCGGGGUACAUUUCUUCCUUCACUACACUGUUGGUAGGUUCACACACUUUCUGACACAGUAAUGGAGAAAGUGGGCUUGGAAAAUGAAGGAUAAAUAUGAUGUAUCCCCAUUUUCUUUAUAUUAAUACCAUUGUAUUGCUUAGCACUUGCACCUUGCAUGAAGUUUUAUAUCUUAUAGCUAACAAAAACAUAUACAAAAUACAUGAAUCCAACUUUAUUUUAUACCGCUUCUUUAACAGAGUUCAUCAUCACAAAAGUUUUAUGAAGAACUCCUGUGUAGAUUAGCCACAUUUUGAUUUAAAAACUUAGUUGAGUCUGCGUUUUCUCCUUUCGUUCACACUAUCCCCGUGUUUUUAGCAUUCAGACUCUACAAAAUGCAAUUUAGAGCCAUACACGUAUGCACACUUUCUGUGAGUUGCACCACAGAAAGCAAUUCUUGUAUGUGUUUGAAAAUACUCUCCAGAGCCUUAUACUUCUGAAAGCACUACCUUGGCAUUUCAAUAUGGACAGGUGAAAACAGAGUUAUUUUUUUUAAAUGCAGACUAAAUAAGAAUUUGCAUUCUUAUUUGUUUAUGCUUAUUAAGUGGCCCUUCACUAAAUGACUUACAAUGCAGUCUCAUUCCCUGAUUGGUCACCCUUCAUGGAAGAAAGUCUAUUCCAACAUAAUGGACAGAGAACAGUUUCUUUCCAUGGCACUUGUGUUUCUUAUAUGAAUGCAUGGAAAUUGCAAUUUGUACAGGUUAAAUACUGUAUAGAACAUGCACAAAAGGCAAAUAAUUUACUUAACUCUACAGUUUUGAGACAUAAAUCCUGUCACUGGCAACAUUACCAUCCCUUCAAGCAAUUUUUCACCAAUGCCCGCAUACCCAGUGCAGGCAAACGUCUGUGUCAAAUGUGUUUUUGUAUUUUCAUAAACAAUGUGAAAGCGCUAGUAUGGAUGGCGAUCAUUUUGAUUUAAAAAGUUUUUAAAUGAAAAGGUUGUACAGUGAUCCUUCCUCGAGCGCGGGGUUGCGUUCCAGAACCCCCAGCAAAAGGUGAAAAUCUGCGAAGUAAAAACCAUACAUUUAUAUUGUUA